GAGCGAUGGUUUACGUGGCACUGCUGUGUCCGCGCAGGCGUAGUGAGUCGUUGCUUACUCUCUCUCUCUCUCUCCCCGGCAGGAAGAUGGUGUCUGUCAGUAUGCGGUCGUGUGUGUUGUCGCUUUUACUUCUGAACGUUUUCUACAACGUCGUGUCGUCUUUGUACUUUCACAUCGGAGAGACCGAGAAGAAAUGUUUCAUAGAGGAGAUCCCGGACGAGACGAUGAUUAUCGGUAACUAUCGGACUCAGCUGUAUGAUAAACAGAGAGAAGAGUACCUGCCGGCCACUCAGGGUCUCGGCAUGUUCGUGGAAGUCAAAGAUCCAGAUGACAAGGUGAUUCUGUCUCGGCAGUACGGCUCAGAGGGACGGUUCACCUUCACGUCACACACACCUGGAGAGCACCAGAUCUGUCUGCACUCCAACUCCUCCAAGUUCUCCCUGUUCGCUGGAGGCAUGCUGAGGGUUCACCUGGACAUCCAGGUGGGAGAACACGCCAACAACUACGCCGAGAUCGCCGCCAAAGACAAACUGACGGAGCUGCAGCUGCGCGUGCGCCAGCUGGUGGAGCAGGUGGACCAGAUCCAGAAGGAGCAGAACUACCAGAGGUACCGGGAAGAGCGUUUCCGUCAGACCAGCGAGAGCACCAACCAGCGCGUCCUCUGGUGGUCCAUCGUCCAGACGCUCAUCCUGGUGGCCAUCGGCAUCUGGCAGAUGAGACACCUCAAGAGCUUCUUCGAGGCCAAGAAGCUGGUCUAACUUCUCACUGUUUGUGUGUGUGUGUGUGUGUGUGUGUGUGUGUGUGUGUGUGUGUGUGUGUGUGUGUGUGUGUGUGUGUGCGCGUGUGUGUGUGUGUGUCGGCUUGUUUAA